CAGAAAGAAAUUAACCACACGGGUUGAGUGAAUUUAGGCUCAGCAGCGGUGGGCUUCCCGAGUAGCUAGGAAGCUAGCAGAAAUAAGUAUGUGUGAGUGUUUCUCCGGGACAUGAACCCGCUUCCGAUUUGUUACCGAGGAACUGUGCAGCGCCUCACCGACUUGGCAGCAUAUGUAUCGGAAUCUGUGGGGUCUGGAGUCACCGCCGCCGGAAGGCGGUUUAACCGCGAGCACGACGCUCCCUGCUUGUUGGUUUGUUAAAGUGGUUUUUCAGCAGCUGUGGCUUAUCGGUCUGGUUGAGGUUUUAUUUGGCGGCGGCGUUAGUGCUGCUUAAUUGGUUUUUCAGUGAAGAUUUGAGAAUGCACGGAAUUAGGCACUGUCCUUGUUCGAGGUGAAGAUUUUGAACACGCCUUUGAUUUAUUCAGGAUCGUAUUUAUAAGGGGUUGGCAUUGUAGCACAGUUGUGCAAACUGUUCGUUUUUUUGCAUUGCAAAAAGAAGAGCAAACGGGAAAUGUGCGGUUAGAUUACUGGAGGUGUCCUCUCGUCCUGGUGUGAGGCAGGAUGUGUGGAGACGCAGCGCGCAGUGUUUACUCAGCUGAGCUUUCUGCUGUUUUAACUUAAUGGAUUAUUACCCAUUCUGUUUUUACUUUUCAUGAUAUCCCACAUAUCAAGUUACUACGCAGUAAUGGGGCGUUAAACUCAACAUUUGUAUCCGUUUCCAUUUCAAAGAAAUGGCGUGUAUACUCCUGCGAUGUAAUCUAUGAGUAAUUUGACCUGAGCCAGCACCAAUAAUGAAACGCUAUACUCCUGUUUGAUUUUAUUAACGAUUAUUGGCGUCAGAUUAUAAAAUGUAAUCCAUUCCCCUUUUGCUCAUCCCAGAAAAACUACAAUUCAUAGUCCAACAUUUGUAAUAUUAAAUGUAAAUACAUCCUUCCAUUUUGUGAAACCGCUUGUACUGUUCAUGAUUGCGGGGGUCCGGAGCCUAUCCCGGAGGGAUAUCCCAGGAUGGGGCGCCAAACCAUUGUAGGGUACUCCUAUGGCCAAUUUGGCAACUCCAAGUAGCCUCAGCAUUUUUUGGACUGCGGGGUAAACCGGAGAACCAGCUGGAAAUCCCACGAUAACGCAAGGAGACUAUGCAGCACAUGGAACACUGGCGGAGGCUUGAACCCAAGUCCCAGAGGUGUAGGAGUUUGUCAGUGUCUUACUGGAAUCCCUAUUGGAGGCUGCCCCCUGCUGUUUGUGGAAUGAACUGCUUAAUGGAAUCGUCUUUUAGGUACAUCCUGAGGGACGAGAAGCCGUCUCAGGCUGGGGGACCCGGGCAGGAGCCGGUGCACCUUGCCGUGGUGGCAUGUGGGCAGCGGCUGGACGAGACGCUCACCAUGCUCAAGUCUGCCGUCGCCCUCGGCCGCCAGCCUCUGUGCUUCCACAUCUUUGCCGAGGACGAGCUGCACUCCGGCUUCAGAGCAGCGCUGGAGGCGUGGCCUGCCCCCGGCCGGUCCCGCUACAACUACACGCUGUACCCAAUCACGUUCCCUGCUGACAACGCUGCUGAGUGGAAGAAGCUGUUCAAGCCCUGUGCCUCUCAGAGGCUCUUCCUGCCUAUCAUCCUAAAGGACGUGGACUCCCUACUGUAUGUGGACACGGACAUCCUGUUCCUAAGGCCUGUGGAGGAUCUGUGGUCCUUGUUGGCCCGUUUCAACUCCAGCCAACUGGCCGCCAUGGCGCCAGAACACGAGGAGCCGCGCAUCGCCUGGUACAGCCGUUUCGCACGGCACCCCUACUACGGCAAGACUGGCCUCAACUCCGGGGUCAUGCUCAUGAACAUGACCAGGAUCAGAGAGAAGCACUUCAAGAAUGACAUGACCUCGGUUGCCCUGCGGUGGAACGACCUCCUAAUUCCAUUGCUUCAGAAGUAUAAGCUGAACAUCACCUGGGGAGACCAGGACCUGCUCAACAUCAUCUUUCACCACAACCCUGAGAGCCUCUUCCUCGUCCCCUGCCAGUGGAACUACCGGCCAGACCACUGCAUUUACGGAAGCAACUGCAUACCGGCGGAGCAGGAGGGGGUCUUCAUCCUCCACGGCAACCGGGGCGUCUAUCAUGACGAGAAGCAGCCUUCGUUCCGGGCGGUUUACCAGGCGUUUCAGAGGUACACAUUUGGGGAAGAUUUGGUUGAGUCUCUCCUGCUACCUUUGGAGGAAGAUUUACGCAAGACGACUCACACUUACUGUGGCCGGGCGGGACAUCUUUUCACCAAGAGGCUUCAGCUGAGUGUGAGGACUUCUCAGGGGGACCCUUCCAGAGGACAGUGAUUGGUGUCUUCUGGAAGGAGGAAGCCCAGGAACUCCUAACCAACACUGCCUUUAGCAUAAUUCUACACUUAGCAACAGAAAACCUUCUCGAAUGUUCCACGCGAUAUCUGACCCUAAGUGUGAUCGGGCUCCACCCUGUGUGACAUGGUCAGAAUACAGCCGCAGGGAAGGGGAGGAGCAGAGUGUCUAGCUAUGUGCUGAUUGGUGGUCUUCAGCACUUGUGGAGAUGUGGCAGUGGUCCAGAUCCACAGACUUCCAGCUCCUGACUAGCUGGGGCGUGACAAUCAUUUUUUUUAGUUUUAUAACUAUAACGUGUCUGACAAUCACGCAGUGUCUCUUGGUGAUCGCGCAGAUAGGAAUACCAGUUUUGUUUUCUGGAAGGGUUUUGUUUUUUUGACUGAGAUGUUUGAGUAUUUAUAACAUCCAUUAUUUCCUGACCGGAUUUGGAGCAAUAGAUUAUCCCUUGUGACUGGGGGGAAAGGGGGAGGGGUUUAUCUUGUUUUUUUUUUUCUUUCUUUUUAUAAAAAAGGUGGUUUAGCGUAGUAUGCUAAGUAUAUCAGUGAGGUGUUUCAUUAUGGCCUCCCAACCAUUUGUUUGGGCAUUAAAGGGGCAGUUUACCCCAAAGCUGAAAAAAGGCAUGUUUUAGAGGGGUGCCUUGGUACUAUCUAUCCAUCUAGGUUGUUCUGCUGGGAGUUGCCUAGUUUUGGAGAUAUUGGUUGUAGAAAUGUCAGGCUUCUCUCGAAUAUAAUGGGAGUGGAUAUUUUUUCAGUUUUGGGGUGAACUGCCCCUGUAAAUGACUGUACCUACAUGCUUCAUCCGUGGAGAUUGUUUAUGGUAGGACUGACCUGCACUGAAUGCAAGUCUGGACGCCGGUACACCUUUGAGGUACAGCUCAGCUGCAUGCUGCUUGUCACAUCGGCAGUAAGUGGACCAGCAUCCUGCCUUUAAGUCCUGGGCGUCUCUGGGCAGGCUUCAGCCCUCCAAAGUCCUUCCUGGACAAACGUUUGUUGAAGAUGGAUGGGUGGACAGACGGACUUUAUGAAAAUGUUCAAUAUAUGCUGUAUUUCAAUGAUAGAACCACUAAUACACUGCUAUGUUUGUGUACUGAAAUAUUUUAAAUUGUAUUUUUCAUUUCUAUUUUCUUAGUGUUUUCCUGUAUUUAAAUAGCUAAUGCCAAAAAUGGUUACAUAUGAGAUUGUACAUAGAUUAAUAUUUUGAUUGAAGCAAAACACUAAAAUCUGAUUUUUAAUUUUUAUGUCUGACUGAAGAAUAUUCUGAAUGUGAACUUUAAUGUUUUCAGUUCUUUUUAAUGUUUUACUGUUGUAGUUUUACUGUUUUUGUUUGUGGGGAUACGUAACAGGUAAGUGAUUUACAUGCAAUAUAUUUUUGAAAAGAUUAAAAAAAUGAGUUUUUUUAUAUGCAGUGAGCAAACGAUGGAUUUUAAAAAAUUAAAGAUAUUAGCUAUUGAGG